AGUUACAAAUAAUCGCAAAGCCAAAGCCCUCUCUCUCUCUCUCUCUCUCUCUCUCUCUCUCUCUCUCUCUCUCUCUCUGUCUCCUCCAUUUCUGUGCCUCUUCUCUGUCGUUACGACCCUCUCUCCUAAACGGCGUAACGGAAGGAGUCACGUGACGUGCCGAAGAAAAAGGAAAAGGUUGAUGGCUUUAGAGCAGGAGGGUCAGAAUAGGAACACAAACGGCGUAGUGGAUGCUGGAGAUGAGGGAGGGAAAGCGCCGAGACUGCCUCGGUGGACAAGACAAGAAAUUCUGGUUCUGAUACAGGGAAAGAGAGACGCUGAGAACAAGUUCAGGAGGGGCCGAACCGCGGGUCUGCCAUUCGGGUCGGGUCAGGUGGAGCCGAAAUGGGCAUCGGUAUCUUCCUACUGCAGAAAGCAUGGAGUGAACAGAGGUCCGGUUCAGUGCCGGAAAAGGUGGAGCAAUUUGGCCGGAGACUACAAGAAGAUCAAGGAAUGGGAGUCUCAGAUACGGGAGGAGACGGAGUCGUUUUGGGUCAUGAGGAACGAUUUAAGAAGAGAGAGGAAAUUGCCCGGAUUUUUCGAUAAGGAGGUAUAUGAUAUUCUUGAUUCACCAGCGGCCUUGGCUCUCGCUCUUUCAUCCUCAUCUCCUCCUCCUCCAACCACAACCAAAACAAUAACACUCCCUGCUGAGGAGCCUCUGCCUCACCUCUAUGAUAGUAAUCGGAGCGCGCCCGGUGACGGUGAGGAUGGCUUGUUCUCAGAUUUUGAACAAGAUGAAGUCGCUGCCAGUUCGAAGAAGAACAAGGACAUUCCUGCUCCCAUUCCUAUCUCAGAGAAGCAAUACCAACCACUCCUCCGUCGAUGCCAAGCUGAAGAUGUGACUAACGAGAAACAGUCCACUUCAAAUCCAGAAAUGGGUUCUACUUCUCAAGGAGAGAGGAAAAGGAAGCGGUUAGCAACUGACGGAGAGGAGGAAACUUUGCAAUAUCAAUUAAUUGAUGUCUUGGAAAGAAAUGGCAAGAUGCUAAGUGCUCAACUUGAAGCGCAGAAUAUAAAUUUCCAGUUGGAUCGUGAGCAGCGUAAAGACCAUGCAAGUAAUUUGGUUGCUGUGCUUGAUAAGCUUGCGGAUGCUCUAGGGAGAAUCGCUGAUAAAUUAUAGUGCAAGAGCAAUCAGAAUACAGUGUACAUAACAGUUGAAGUCCUGUAGAUAAUAGUGGUUUCUGUUAUUUAUCUCAGCAGGUCUCCUAGAAAAUGACUGCCACACUUGUUCCCCGUUUGUUUUUCUUUCUGGAUAUGCCAUAUUUUUGUGGUUUAUUACUGCCAUUUUAGGAUUAUAUAGACACCUUUGGAUUACUACUCUUUCUCUCUUACUGUUAUAUUAAUAUACAUGAGGUCAUACGAAUCUUUCUCUGGGAAGUAAAGCUGGUUGUAUGGACGACAUUCAUGUUUAUAUGCACUUUUAUUUGUUAUGGCUUUCA